AUGUUGGAUAGUGGAAGCAGCCCAACACUAGAGAUAGUAAAGGAACUGAUCACUUGGUCUAAAGAAAUCCGAGAGGACUCCAUACCAGCACCAGGAGCAAUUUCUAGCCACAAAUCCUUUGAUGAGAGGCUUAGGGGGUCUAGUUUGGAUCCACCAAAAACCCUAAAAUGGGAUCUAUGUCCUCACCACAAGCUCUUGCUGAGUCUGCUGGCCUCUCUCCUGGUCCACAUAGAUCAAGCUGCUUCUGUACAGACUGCCCUGGGCUGGAAUUCUGGACCCCACUACAGUACAAGAAUUUUCAAAAAUAGCCAUGGGAAAAAAUCACUAUUGGAUGGAAGAAGGGAGUUGGAAUACAGCAUAAUCACCACCUGGGACAAUCUUCCAGUGACACACAGACCUGUAACUUUCCACUUCAAACCAGGGGAUCAAGGAUUGCUGAUGGAAGUGAAUGCUCCCUUCUUUGAUGAUCCUCUAGCACCACCUGGUGCCCCAGGCCAACCUUUUAAUGGACUCUGGGAGUAUGAAGUUGUGGAAGCAUUUUUCCUAAAUAGUACAACCAAAGAAUACUUGGAAGUAGAGCUUUGUCCGCACGGACAACACCUGGUCCUUUUGCUCUCCAGUGGUGAUGCUUUUGCAAAAGAGCUGGAUUUAAAUUUUAGAGCUGACAUACACGGGAAUGAAUGGAAUGGAACUGCACUUGUUCCUUGGGAAUAUUUUCCACCUGGAAUUGACAAGAUGAAUUUAUAUGCCAUCCAUGGGUCUGGGGAUAGAAGAACUUAUGAGGCUCUUUAUCCAAUACCCCGUGAAGAGAUUGCAGUUGGACAAGGUCCCAAUUUCCAUCGCCUGGAGUAUUUCAAACCCUUCAAUUUGAAGUGGUUGAUGGGAGAUGACUGGGAGCAGCCCCCUUCAAAGCUGUGGCCUUAGCUUUGUUCAGCUGCUUUUCCAGCUCAUGGAGAUUACUUCAAAACCCAGAGAAAGCCAUGGAGCAGAUCCCAGCUCGACUCACCCCUUUGCCCUCUGAUAACAUCAUGGAAAAGAAAAUCUUUGUCCACCAUUACUGCAAAUAAUGUGACAAUAUAUGGGAAAUAAAACAUCUAUGUGAA